CUUUUGAUGAAUUUUUACAUAGAAUAUACUCGUAAAAAUAAUUCAAAUUAAAAAAAAACUUUUAAUUUUAACCAUUUAAUUUUCAACGAAUAAUUCAAUUUCAAUGGACACAUUAAAAACGGGUAUAAAUUUAGUUGUAAAGAAAACGCUUCAGAUCAUGUCACCAGAGCCCAGAGUCGAAUUCAGCGAAGAUAGUGACAAUGGCAUGGUUUUCAAUGAUAUUCCAGUUCCAGAAGAAUUGAUCUCACGCAUAUUUUGUUAUUACGUCGAUGCCAAAAGUCUAUUAAAUUGCCAAUUAGUUUGCAAGCGCUGGAACAUGCUAAUGACCGACUAUGUUUGGCGUAAAAAGGCCAUCAUUCGUACUGGACAUCACUUUACAUUAGAAGAGCCGUACGAUUGGAAAGAUUAUUAUAGUAUUAUUACUGUUAAUUUUGGGAAAAAUCUAUUGACGAAUCAUUCGGGGGCAGAAGGAAUAAGAAAAGGUUGGAAUAAUUUGAGAAAUGGUGGCGAUGGCUGGAAAAUUGAACGUUCUCCAUUGGGAGUACCACCACUACCCGAAGAACCCGAUUUCGGAAACAGUCAAUAUUGCUUUGUCACUUCAUAUAGCGAUUGCAUAAAGGAACAAACUAUAUAUCUUUCCAAAGUAGGAUUUUCGGCCAAUGUUUUAGACUCUAUGCAACCGGUUAUAGAGAUUAGUGAAUGGUAUGGCUGUCGUUGGGAUUGUCCAGCGAAUUACAAACUGACUGUGCAACUCAUUGGUUCGCAAGAUCAAAUUAUGGACUCAUUCAUAUUUAAAGAUUCUUUGGAGAAUGAGCGACAAAAUGUGUGGCAUAAGGUUGAACACAAGUUUACAAACUAUGGACGAGGCUUGAGAAUAAUUCGUUUCAAACACGGUGGCAGCGAUAGAUACUUUUGGGCUGGACAUUAUGGUUCAAAAAUGGCAAGAGCAACUGUUAAAGUCAUAAUACCUUAAGUAUAAAAUGUCCAGAGCAACUGUUGAAGUCAUUAAAUGCUUCAAUAAAAAAUGUGUAUUUUUUU